UUUUCGCCAGGAUAGGUCCCUCUCGUCAUUUCUGCUUUCGUCGACACUCACAGCAGAAGGCGCCCGCUUUCCGCUUCAACUUGAACGUCAACAGUCAAACCAUGCGUCGUUUGAAACUGAAGGUGUUUUCAUCACAAGCCAAAAAUGUCUUUUUCCAUGAUGGUUCCACAGUGCUCCCCAAACUGCUGGCGGCAGCAUUCUAUGGAGUCGUUUCCUUUCUCAUCGUCGUUGUGAACAAAAGUGUCCUCAGCAGCUACAGAUUUCCCUCAUCAACAUGUGUCUGCAUUGGUCAGAUGCUGGCUACCGUGGUAGUUUUAGGGGUGGGCAAAAUAUUGGGCGUCAUUUCCUUUCCAGAUAUGGACUCAAGUAUACCGCGCAAGAUUUUUCCACUUCCUCUACUUUAUGCUGGGAAUCAGAUUACAGGACUGUUUGGGACUCAACGACUCAGUUUACCCAUGUUUACAGUUCUGAGGCGGUUCAGCAUCCUUUUCACCAUGCUGUGUGAAGGCACCUUGCUAAGAAAGACAUAUUCAACGGCAAUCAAAGCCACUGUGUUCACAAUGAUCUUUGGCGCUUUGGUGGCAGCCAGCGCCGACCUGGCAUUUGAUCUGGAGGGCUACGUAUUCAUAAUGCUGAACAAUGUGCUGACGGCGGCCAGUGGCGCUUACACGAAACAGAAACUGGAUGCAAAUUAUCUGGGCAAAUUUGGAAUUCUCUACUACAACGCCUUGAUCAUGAUUUUUCCCACUGCAGCGUACGCAUGGUACACCGAAGAGCUGGAAAUGAGUUUGGAUUAUGACGGAUGGUCCGACCAGAUAUUUGUGGUGCAGUUCUUCCUCUCCUGUGUGAUGGGAUUCAUUUUAAUGUACUCCGUUAUGCUGUGUACACAGUACAACUCAGCCCUCACUACAUCCAUUGUGGGCUGCAUCAAGAAUAUCCUGGUGACCUACGUUGGAAUGGUCUUGGGCGGAGACUACAUUUUUUCUUGGACUAAUUUUAUUGGUUUGAACAUAAGUAUUGUAGGCAGCCUUGUGUACUCUUUCAUCACAUUCACAGAGGUGCAAACAAAAAAGGCGUGAAUCUCAAGACCCACAUUGGAAGACGCCCAUCAGUGUUUCCAUCUUUAGUGCCUUCCAUUGAUGAUUGGACUUUUUUUUUUUAACCCAUACGGGGUAAAUGUUCAUUUCAUUGUAAUUAUUUUUAAAGAAAACCUUGCACUGUCCCUAAUAGGGUAAACCACUUAUUCCGCAUGUGAUUGUUUUAUUUGAAAGAGCUUUCUCAAAUAUACCCAAUUGUCUAGUAA